AUGGAACUGUUGGGUAGCCCGGUGGAGGACACAUCCUCUCCUCCCAGCACCCUGAAUGUCCUCGGAGCCCAUCGCAAGAGGAAGACGCUGGUGGCCCCCGAGAUCAACAUCUCCCUGGACCAGAGCGAGGGCUCCCUGCUGUCCGACGACUUCCUGGACACCCCCGAUGACCUGGAUAUCAACGUGGACGACAUCGAGACGCCUGACGAGACCGACUCGUUGGAGUUCUUGGGGAACGGCAAUGAGUUAGAGUGGGAAGAUGACACCCCCGUGGCCACUGCCAAGAACAUGCCUGGAGACAGCGCGGAUCUGUUUGGGGACGGGGCCGCGGAGGAGGGCAGCGCAGCCAAUGGGCGCCUGUGGCGGACGGUGAUCAUUGGGGAACAAGAGCACCGGAUCGACCUGCACAUGAUCCGGCCUUACAUGAAGGUGCUCACCCACGGAGGGUACUACGGAGAAGGCCUCAAUGCCAUCAUUGUCUUCGCUGCCUGCUUCCUCCCGGACAGCAGCUCCCCAGACUACCACUACAUCAUGGAGAAUCUCUUCCUGUAUGUCAUCAGCAGCCUGGAGCUGCUGGUGGCUGAGGAUUACAUGAUCGUGUACCUGAACGGCGCCACCCCUCGGCGGAGGAUGCCUGGCAUUGGCUGGCUGAAGAAGUGUUACCAGAUGAUUGACAGGAGACUGAGGAAGAAUUUGAAGUCUCUGAUGAUCGUCCACCCCUCCUGGUUUAUUCGGACCGUGUUGGCCAUCUCUCGGCCUUUUAUCAGCGUCAAGUUCAUCAGUAAGAUCCAGUAUGUCCAGAGUCUGGAGGAGCUGGAGCACCUCAUCCCCAUGGAGCAUGUGCAAAUCCCGGAAUGUGUGCUGCAGUAUGAAGAGGAGCGCCUGCGUGCCAGGAGGGAGAGCAUGAGGCCCCACCCUGAAUUUCUGCUGCCCAGUACUGAGGAGAAGCCCGAGGCGGCGCUGGAGGAAGAUGGGUCCACUGAGGUGACAGAAGACCAGGAAACAAGGGACUCGCUGCACGUCGGCCAUGUCCAGCCCUUUGGGGAGGUCCAGCUGACCCCACGUGAUACCAGCGGCACCCCAGGUCACCUCCUGGGCAUGCGGUCUGUGGCUAUCGCCAGGCUCCGGGUGGACUCCUACCAGCCCGAAGCAGCAGUGGCUGGCGGACGGGCCAUGCGUGGUGGCCCCAUCGACCUGGCUCGCUUCUCCCACACAAGGCCUCUUCUUACAAAAGGUGUGCAUCACCACACCCAGCGCCUGCCUUACAUCAUCCCAAGCUCCCACAGCGACAGCCCUGGUGACUCAGACAUGAAGAUUGUCAUCGUUGGCAUUGGAGGUACCCGCAAGUACCCAAUCCCCGACCCCCCAGGCCUUUUUGAUGGACACGUGUGGCCCAUGUACCAGAAAUACAAGCGGGAGAUGGAGGCUGACGGCGUGGAAGUGGUGUCUCUUUGUUGUUUGGCCCGGGAUGCUAGGUGCACACCACCAGGCCUGGCUUCUGAGUUAAGAGUAACCAACAGCGGCAAGACGACGUUGGCCAGCCGCCUGCAUGCAGCACUGCCCAACUCCUGCGUGAUCCACCAGGAUGACUUCUUCAAGGCCGGCAAGGCCCAGCUGGCGGAGGCAGGGCUAGCGGAGGCUGGGCCGGCGGAGUCCCGGCUGGCAGAGGCCCAGCGGCGGAGGCCCGACUGA